AGCGGUGUUGCUAAUAGAUUUUGCAACAAAUCACUAUCAUGCUUGUCUCAUGACUGUGAUGUCCACAGAUCCUUUAUUUACUCAAAUGUGUUUUGCAGUUAUUGUGGAAGGUGAGUUUGUCUGUGCACGUUUCACUUCUGUUGAAUCAGAAAAGAUAAAAAUAACACACUGGCUCACCACAGCACUGAGGUGUUAAAGUACUUACUUCCACUUCAGUGUCAGCAGAACAAAAGAAAUAGUUUCCUGCAGCCCGUCGCUCCAGGAUCCUGCUCUGCUCUGAUCAUGAAACACCUGAAACACUUUCAAAUGCCUUGUUCUCACACGUCCUUGUGAACGCAACAUCUCAGGAACACCUCCAGGGGAUUUCUGCCUAUUUGGUACAAACGUUGACUUGGACAUUAAGAUGAACUGAUUAGAUUUAGGUGGUCAAAGGUCACGGUGGCUUCAUACAACCUGUGUUUGGCCUCCUGAGCACGACAUCUCACUUCAGUUUCAGCAUUCAACCACAAGGCAGUAAUUCUACCUCUAAUGUUGUCCUUCACAUGAAGGUAUAAAUAAAGACGGUAUGUAUUUUCUUUCAUCACUUUCUCAUGCUGUCUGUGUUAAUUCUUUAUAUACAGUCUAUGAUGUUAACACGAGCCCACUUCCUGUUUCGAUGCUCUAACUCACUCCUCUGUGUGGGAGUUUGAGGUCUGGUGCUGCAGAGCCAUGCACAAGGCUGCACUCUGGUACAUAGGUGUCUUGACCAGUAAGAUGAAUGGACUGAAACUGUGGUUUGCUCUGCUUCUGUCGCUGAUCUUCUGUGUCGAGAGCAAAGGUGCUGCUUCAGUGGCUUGGCAACAUGUGAAAACCACCGGGAAAGAACCGUACGUCGCUCCAGUGUGCGGAAAUAAAACCGAGGGUAUCAUCGUAAUUGUAACGUGCACCAUCAUAACAGAGAGAAACAGGGGAUCACAGUGUCAACUGGUGUAUUAUCAUGGAAAGGACUUUGAGAACAGUUGUGACUCCAGGUUCAGAUUAAUGACGGAGAAUCAGACUGUGUCCCUUCAUCUGAGCAGCUUGACCCCAGAGGAUGAGGUGAACGUCACAUGUGACUGUUCACGUCUUGAUGGAACAUUUCUUCUGCAUCUCAAUGUCACUGUGGAAGAGGAGGCAAUCUCCAGCAGCUCGUCUGAAGAGCUUAUUCCUUCUGUUGUAAUUGGUGUAAUUCUCUUCAUGGUUACAUCUGGAGCGAUCCUGGGACUUAUCUGCAGAAACACUUGCAACAGACGACAACAGGAAGCCACCACCAGUCAUCCAGACGUGGAACCAGGAGACAUUGAGCCAUACAGCACCUUCACGCAGAGAGAGAGUGGACUUUAUUCUGUUGUUAAAUUACCCAGAUUGAAUCCACGUGUGUUUGCAGGAGAUGACACAAAUUCAGGGACAAUUUUGUAGCUUCUGCCUCCAUGUGAUGCUUGUUUUCCUGUUGAUGUAACAAACUUAACUCUGAGUUUUAAUCGUUUUACUCAAACUUGAUUGUUUUUGUUUUUAAAAUAGGAAAACUGUGAAUAAAUGAGUUAUCUAAUAAA